AUGCGAACUGUACAGCAAAGACGAGUCUACGGCAAACGCAAAACGAACGCCCCCAGAGCAGUUUUGGAAAAUGGCAGUCCUCUGAAAUCAGCGAGCAAUGAAAAUUUAUCCCUUGACGAGGUGAUAGAGCAGGAUGUCUCAAAGGAAUCUAUCAAUAAACUUGAAGUCCAGAUUGCGAGCAUCACUCUAGAAGAUGAAGCCCCAUCGAAAAUCGAUGUCGACACGAACGAACCACAGUCCCCUGCGAAAUCGCCUCCUAAAGUUCAAUACCAGACCAUCGGAACACCUGCGAGCGCAAAGUAUGCCAACACUCCACACAGGCUGCUAUCUACACCAUCGAAUCUCGGCCCAUCCACGCAGUCACCAAUCAAAGUAUACUCGAGUCAAAAACGACUAUCCUUCACACCAAGACAACCACGCGCUAAGCCCGUGCGAAAAGCGAAACAAAUCAUCAGGCUUUCGUCCGGCUGUGUGGAAGAUGAAAAGACAAAUGAAUAUGUUCACCGAAUUCUGGAUGAAGCUACAUCACAAUUUGCCGCUCGAGGAGUACAGAAAUUCGGUUCAUGGGCAGCCCGGUCAGAAACCGCGUUCGACCCUGUGAAGAUCGCAGAAGGUUCGUAUGGAGAGGUGUAUAAGCUGCGCUUGAAAGAGGAUAUAUGUAAGCGCAACAUGUCAAAAUCGAGACUGGCAAAGUUGCGGGAAUACGGUGAGGGCGUUUUCAAAGUCGUACCAUUGCGUGCACAGAAAGGAGUGGGCUCAAAAAAAUUUACAACAAUAGACGAGAUUGUGGCCGAGGUCAAAUUGCUGAAGCUGCUUGAUCCUAUUCCCGGAUUUGCAAGAUUCAGAGAGGUGCACGUUGUCCAAGGCCGGUUUCCACCUUCGUUCCAAGCCGCAUGGGACUCUUAUAAAGCUGCUGGGAAAGACUGCGAGAACCCUAAUCCGGCAAAUAAGAGGGCAUACAGCGAUCAACAGCUUUGGGCAAUAUUGGAGAUGGACGAUGCGGGCGUUGAAUUGGAAAAGUUCAAAUGGUCUUCCGUCUUCCAAGUUUAUGAUAUAUUUUGGGGAGUAGCAAUGGGUCUGGCGAGAGCGGAAGAAUAUGCUCUAUUUGAACAUCGAGAUCUUCAUCUUGGCAAUGUUUGUCUCCGGUCAACGAGACCAGAUGGGGACAUGCAAUUGCUUGCAGAUGUUGAUGCAAAUCAGUUGGGAGCUUCCUGCGGGUUCGGUAUUAGCUCAUUGGAGACGACGAUUAUCGAUUAUUCCUUGUCCCGUGCUGAGCUACGGCUGACGGAUGACCCAGAGAAAGUCGACGUUGCUUCGACUGACCUGGAUAACAAGGGUCUAUUUAAUGCUGUAGGUCGUGAUGAGGCUGAGAUCCUGCAAAGGAACACUUAUAGAUUCAUGAGAGCACAGCUAUAUACUGGGCUCCCCCUCACAGAGGAAAAGUCGCCAGCUAUACCAGGAAUCUGGGCGGAUUACGCACCGAAAACAAAUCUGAUAUGGCUACUCUUCAUUCUCAAGAUGCUAGCGAAGCAAAUAGAACAAAAAGACUACACUUUACAUAACAGCAUGCCGCUGAAUCAAACAAGACAGCCGCUUCAGUCAUGUCCGGACAAAGCCAAUAUACAACAAUAUUCUGUCAAACCCCCGACAAAAUUGUCCGAGCCGCCCGUCAGCAUGAAACAUGACAACAUUGGCGAGGCGCUUGGAAAGUUACAAACAACGCUCACUGACAGACUGGACAAAAUCCUCGAGAUCCUCGACCUAGAGCACGGAAGAGACGACAUGUGUUGUGCAGCGGAUCUGGUAGCGUAUGCGAUUGAUCAGCAGUGGUUGGACGAGAAUGACGACUCAUGGGAAAAGACGUUAAAUGACGAGGUCUCAGAGCUCCUAUCCCAAGUCAACAGCCAUGAACUCGUCCGACUCGCCACUGAACUCAACGAUGGGAUCCCAUGCAUCUUCCAGUCCGGCAAACACAGCGGUAUCGACUCUACAAUGGGGUGCUCCAACUAUCACUGUUGGCUAAUAUUCGACACCGGCGAGAGGUGGAUAGUCCGCAUUCCUCGAAUGGGUUUCAGUGACGUACCUGCUGACUUGGUGGAGUACCUUGUCGAAAGUGAAUAUGCGACUUUGAAAUUCUUGGAAUCUGUUAACGUCCCAUCUCCAAAGGUGUUCGGGUAUGGCCUUGUAUCUGAUCACUCAAACCGGGUCGGUGUUUGUUAUAUCAUGAUGCAGGCUCUCCCAGGCAAACCAUACGGCGCUCACAACGCAUCUCCUGCUCAAAAAGAACGCGUUAUUGAACAAGUCGCCAAUUAUCUGGUUGAGAUCUCGAAGCGCCCUUUACCUGCCAUCGGUUCGUUUGCUAUGAUAAACAAUCAGCCCCAAAUCUCAGCCGUUGCCAGCAACCGCUUUGUUGCUCUCGGUACAUACGGACCCUUCACUUCGCGCUUGGAUUACAUCACCAGCGUCAUAGAGCAAUACAUGGACCUUAUUGCGGAUGGACAGGUACACAGCAAAUACCCACUCGAAGCAUUUUUAUUCUACCACUUCCUGCGCGAGAACAAAGACAGUCUAAUCAACCCAGAUGUUGCUGAACAGCAAUUCUUUAUCAAGCACGUCGACGAUAAAGGUGACCAUUUACUCGUUGAUGAAGACUUUAACGUCACCGGUAUUAUUGACUGGCAGUUUGCGCGCGUCGUGCCUGCAGCAGAGGCCUUUGGGCCGUCGUACGUUACUGCCGACCUCGAGAGUUUAUACUCAUCUUCUUUGACAGGUGUCUCGGCUGAUGAUCUAUUACUUGCUGAUGCGCUGAGGAGGAAAGGUUAUGACGAUCUCGCUACUAUUGCGGAAGGAAACGAGAUUAUGCGUCGAUUUCAUCAUGGGCUGGCUAAUGGGUUGAGUAAGGAUGAGGCGCGGGAAUUGUUGGGGGGCAUGGUGCAUUGUGUUAUGGGAAAGAAAUUUAGGAUGGAUGAAAUGGAUGCUUGGAUUGCGGAGAUGCGUGUGAAGUGUCGAGUUGAUCGUCGGUGGGAGAAGGUGGAAGGUUUGCUCAAGGAGCAGGAAGAGGAAAGUGCUUAA